ACCUUCCAGCGGGAGGCGGAGCGAGUCCAAAAUGGCGGCUCUCAGGCUGGCGCGCUCCGUGCUGCUGAGGUUUUGAGGUGGUCGCCAGGGGUCGGGGGGAACGAUUUCCCCGCCGCAGGGGCCCUAGAGGAUGAAUCGGGGGCUCUGCUAAGGUUAGGCGGUGGCGGUGGAGAGAAGUGGCAGCAAGUGCUGCGGUGGAGUCCACGGAGCGGGAUGUGCGAGAGUUACUCCAGGUCGUUGUUGAGGGUCUCGGUGGCGCAGAUCUGCCAGGCGCUGGGCUGGGACUCCGUGCAACUCAGCGCCUGCCACCUCCUCACGGACGUACUGCAGCGCUACCUGCAGCAGUUGGGACGGGGCUGCCACCGGUACUCUGAGCUCUAUGGCCGAACAGACCCAAUUUUGGAUGAUGUUGGUGAAGCUUUCCAACUUAUGGGGGUUAGUCUUAAUGAACUAGAAGACUAUAUUCACAAUAUUGAACCUGUUACUUUCCCACAUCAAAUUCCUUCAUUUCCUGUUAGUAAGAACAAUGUACUCCAAUUUCCUCAACCUGGAAGUAAAGAUGCAGAGGAAAGAAAAGAAUACAUUCCUGAUUACAUGCCACCCAUUGUGUCUUCUCAAGAAGAAGAAGAAGAAGAGCAGGUGCCCACAGAUGGGGGGACAUCAGCAGAAGCCAUGCAAGUUCCCUUGGAAGAAGACGAUGAACUUGAGGAGGAGGAAAUUAUUAAUGAUGAGAAUUUCUUGGGUAAGAGACCGUUAGAUAGCCCUGAAGCUGAAGAAAUGCCUGCCAUGAAGCGACCACGACUAAUAAGCACUAAAGGAGACACCCUGGAUGUAGUGUUACUGGAAGCUCGAGAACCACUCAGCUCAAUCAAUACCCAAAAGAUCCCACCGAUGCUUUCUCCAGUCCAUGUACAGGACAGCACAGACCUCGCACCUCCAUCGCCAGAGCCACCGAUGUUAGCUCCAGUUGCAAAAUCACAAAUGCCAACCACAAAACCCUUAGAAACAAAGUCAUUUACACCCAAAACAAAGACUAAAACUAGUUCUCCAGGACAGAAGACUAAAUCACCUAAAAUGACUCAGUCACCAGCAAUGGUCGGAAGUCCUAUUCGGUCACCAAAAACUGUAUCCAAAGAAAAGAAGUCUCCUGGACGUUCUAAGAGCCCCAAAAGCCCCAAGAGUCCCAAGGUUAUAACUAAUAUUCCCCAAGCACCAAUCAGACCUGAAACACCAAAUAGGACUCCUUCAGCUACAAUAAGUGAAAAAAUUAGUAAAGAGACCCUUCAGGUAAAACAAACACAAACACCCCCUGAGGUUGGGAAGCUGACCAAUGAGAAUCUGCCAAGAAAAGCUGUUGUGAUCGACAAAACGAUUGAUGACUCUAUUGAUGCUGUGAUUGCACGAGCUUGUGCUGAACGAGAGCCAGAUCCUUUUGAAUUUUCUUCUGGAUCAGAAUCAGAAGGAGACAUUUUUACCAGCCCUAAGCGAAUUUCAAGUUCGGAAUGUACAACUCCAAAAGCUUCCACUUCCUUGAACAAUUUCACUAAGUUAGGAUCCACUCCUCUGCCUCUUUCAGGUGGAACGUCAAGUUCUGAUAAUUCCUGGACAAUGGACGCCUCCAUCGAUGAGGUUGUACGGAAAGCAAAAAUGGGAACAGCUUCCAAUGUGCCCCCCAGCUUUUCUUACCUCUCCUCUCCUUCAGUCUCUCCUCCCACACCCGAACCUCUGCACAAGCUGUAUGAGGAGAAAACCAAACUGCCUUCCUCAGUGGACAUCAAAAAGAAGUUGAAAAAGGAACUGAGGACGAAAAUGAAAAAGAAAGAGAAGCAGAGAGAUAGGGAACGGGAAAGAGACAAAAGCAAGGACAAGAAUAAAGAGAAGGAUAAAGUUAAAGAGAAAGAAAAGGAGGCCAAUAAGGAAGCCAAGUAUCCAUGGAAGGAAUUCCUGAAAGAUGAAGAGUCAGAUCCCUAUAAGUUUAAAAUAAGAGAAUUUGAAGAGGUUGAUUCCAAAGUAAGAUUGAAAGAUGGACUUGUGAGAAAGGAGAAAGAGAAGCAUAAAGAUAAGAAGAAAGAUAGAGAAAAGGGCAAAAAAGAUAAAGAUAAGCGAGACAAAGACAAAGUUAAAGAUAAAGGUCGUGAGGAGAAAGUGAAAGUGGCACCAGCCCCCCUGGUACUGCCGCCCAAGGACAUGGCUCUGCCCUUGUUCAGCCCCACUGGGGCGGUGAGGAUCCCAGCCAUGCUGCCCUCUUUGUCACCCAUGCUUCCUGAAAAAUUGUUUGAAGAAAAAGAGAAGCCUAAGGAGAAAGAAAGAAAAAGGGACAAAAAGGAGAAGAAGAAAAAGAAAGAGAAAGAAAAAGAGAAGGAAAAGGAGAAGAAAGAGAAGGAAAGGGAAAAAGAGAAAAGAGAGAGAGAGAAGAGAGAAAAAGAAAAGGAGAAACACAAGCAUGAAAAAAUAAAAGUGGAGCCAGUUGUCCCAGCCCCAAGUCCAGUCAUCCCCAGAUUGACUCUCCGAGUUGGUGCUGGCCAAGACAAGAUUGUCAUCAGCAAAGUGGUUCCAGCCCCCGAGGCUAAGCCAGCUCCUUCUCUUAAUAGACCCAAGACCCCGCCACCAGUGUCAGUCCCAGCCACUGUGCCAGUGCAUGUCACUCCUGCCCCAGUGCCUUUGCCACUCCUUGCACAGUCCACCUCGUCCCCCGCUUUGAUGCCAUCCCCGUCCCCUGCCAUCUCUGGAGCCGGAAGUUCAAAAGCCCCUGUGCGGAGUGUGGUAACGGAGACCGUCAGCACUUACGUGAUCCGAGAUGAGUGGGGCAAUCAGAUCUGGAUCUGUCCUGGAUGCAACAAGCCUGACGAUGGGAGUCCCAUGAUCGGCUGUGAUGGCUGCGAUGACUGGUACCACUGGCCCUGUGUUGGACUAAUGGCUGCACCACCAGAAGAAAUGCAGUGGUUCUGUUCCAAGUGUGCCAACAAGAAGAAGGAUAAGAAGCACAAAAAGAGGAAGCAUCGGGCACAUUGACGUCUCUGCGGCUCGGACCAGUGGCGUGGCCUCGGGGCUUCUUUCCUACCACUUCAGAUGGGGAUCCAUGAAAUCCUGCUGUCCCAUCUACCGCGAAGGUCCUGUGGAUGAGGAAUCUCGGGAGAUCGAGGACAAGAGAACUGCAGCGUCCACUCUGGAUGCUUCCCUCUGGAACAGACUGGCCUAUGGCCACAUGAUGGUGUGACGGAAGGAAACUCAAGUACAGGUGUGGCACAAGGACUGCCGGGCCUUCAUUUUUCUAUUACCAGUGACAAGUAUUAAUAAAAAGACCAUAAUCUUC